CUCCUUCCCGCCUGACACGGGCUCGAGUGGCGUUAGUCAGACUAAUUAAGGACACAGAAGAUGUCGGUGGGAAGACGCAGGGAGAAGUGGAGACUCUGAGGGAGACGAGAUGGGAGAGACAGCGAGAGAUGAGAGAGAGAGAGGAGAGACAGCACAUGAGACAGCGACUCGGACAGCCCGGCAGAGCCCAUGGAAGCAGAAGACGCUGUCGCCCGAGGGGCGGCCCCGGGGCCCCCCGGCCUGGCCUGGUGCCCGUCAGCAUCAUCGGGGCUGAGGAUGAGGAUUUUGAAAACGAGCUGAAGACGAACCCAGAGGAGCAAAACAACCAGUUCCAGAGCCUGGAGCAGGUGAAACGGCGCCCGGCCCACCUCAUGGCCCUCCUGCAGCACGUGGCCAUGCAGUUCGAGCCAGCACCCUUGCUCUGCUGCCUGCACGCGGACAUGCUCAGCCCACUGAGUCCCAAGGAGGCCAAGAAGGCCUUCACAGAUUUCUACCACAGCUUCCUGGAUAAGACUGCGAUUCUUCGGGUGCCGAUCCCUCCCAUUGUGGCCUUUGAACUUGACCGCACACGGCCUGACCUCCUCCCUGAGGACGUCCAGCGACAGUUCGUGCAUGAGGUGGUGCAGAAACAGCAGCCAAUUGUCAGCCAGCAGCUGGAGGACUUCCGCUCCAAGAAGCUCAUGGGCAUGACACCCUGGGAGCAGGAGCUGGGCCAGCUGGGGGCCUGGGUUGGGCGAGACCGAGCGAGCUUCGAGGCCAGGGAGCGGCACCUGGCUGAGCGGCAGCUGACCCACCUGGAGGAGAUGCAACACACCAUAUCUGGCGAUGAGGAAAAGAGUGCCGCUGUGGUCAACGCCAUCAGCCUGUACAUGCGCCACCUUGGAGUGCGGACUAAGAGUGGGGACAAAAAGUCGGGGAGGAAUUUCUUCCGGAAAAAGGUGAUUGGGAACCGGCGGUCAGAUGAGCCCACCAAGACCAAAAAAGGACUGAGCAGCUUCCUGGAUGCCGCCCGCUGGAACCGGGGAGAGCCCCAGGCCCCGGAUUUUCGACACCUCAAAGCCGAGGCUGAUGCUGAGAAGCCAGGCCUUACAGAACGGAAGGGGGGCCUGGGGGUGCCCUCCCGGGAUCGGAAUAUCGGAGCAUCUGGGCAGGACACCCCCGGAGUUUCUCUUCACCCUCUGCCUGGGGACAGCCCUGACCGGGAACCAGGUGUAGAUGCCCUCCCAGAGGUGGGGGACCCGCCCCCGCAGGGCCCGGCCAGCCUGGAGACCCUGGCACCCCCUGAGAGCACCGAGGAGGGUGCUGACACAGAGAGCCCUGAGCCUGGAGAUGAGGGGGAGCCGGGACGGUCGGGACUCGAGCUGGAGCCAGAAGAACCCCCUGGCUGGCGGGAGCUCGUCCCCCCAGGCACUCUGCACAGCCUGCCCAAGAGCCAGGUGAAGCGGCAAGAGGUCAUCAGUGAGCUGCUGGUGACGGAGGCGGCCCACGUGCGCAUGCUCCGGGUGCUCCACGACCUCUUCUACCAGCCCAUGGUGGGCGCGGGCUUCUUCCCCCUGGAUGAGCUACAGAACAUCUUCCCCAGCCUCGACGAACUCAUCGAGGUGCAUUCCCUGUUCCUCGAUCGCUUGAUGAAGCGGAGGCAGGAGAGCGGCUGUCUCAUUGAGGAGAUCGGAGAUGUGCUGCUGGCCCAGUUUGAUGGUGCCGAAGGCUCCUGGUUCCAGAAAAUCUCCUCCCGCUUCUGCAGCCGCCAGUCAUUUGCCUUAGAACAGCUCAAAGUCAAACAGCGCAGGGAUCCUCGGUUCUGUGCCUUUGUGCAGGAGGCCGAGAGCCGCCCAAGGUGCCGCCGCCUGCAGCUGAAGGACAUGAUCCCCACGGAGAUGCAGCGUCUGACCAAGUACCCGCUGCUCCUGCAGAGCAUCGGGCAGAACACAGAAGAGCCAGCUGAACGAGAGAGAGUGGAGCUGGCGGCUGAGCGCUGCCGGGAAAUCCUGCACCACGUCAACCAAGCCGUGCGAGAGAUGGAGGACCUGCUGCGGCUCAAGGAUUAUCAGAGGCGCCUGGAUUUGUCCCAUCUGCGGCAGAGCACCGACCCCAUGCUGAACGAGUUCAAGAACCUGGACAUCACCAAGAAGAAGUUGGUCCACGAGGGCCCGCUGACGUGGCGGGUGACGAAGGACAAGGCUGUAGAGGUCCACGUGCUGCUGCUGGACGACCUGCUGCUGCUGCUCCAGCGCCAGGACGAGCGGCUGCUGCUCAAGUCGCACAGCCGGACGCUGACGCCCACGCCCGAUGGCAAGACCAUGCUGCGGCCGGUGCUGCGGCUCACCUCCGCCAUGACCCGCGAGGUGGCCACCGGUGAAAACGCCUUCUAUGUCAUUUUCUACCCUUGGGACCAGGAGGCCCAGAUAUAUGAACUGGUGGCGCAGUCCGUGUCGGAGCGGAAGAACUGGUGUGCCCUCAUCACCGAGACUGCUGGAUCCCUGAAGGUCCCUGCCCCCACCUCCCGCCCUAAACACCGGCCCAGCCCUAGCAGCAUCCGUGAACCCCUGCUCAGCAGCUCCGAGAACGGCAACGGAGGCCGAGAGAUGCCCCCAGCUGACAGCCGGAUGGAGAGAAUCUUCAACGCCCUCCUGCCCUUCUGCAGACCAGGCCCUGAGGGCCAGCUCGCCACCAAGGCCCUUCAGAAAGUGCUGUCCCUGAAGCAGCUCCUGUCUCUCUCGGAAGAAGACAGUGGUGCAGGGCCUCCCCUCGAAGGGGAUGGGGUCCCAGGGGGCGGCCCCCUGAGCCCAGCACAGACCCAGGACAUUCGGGAGUUGCUACUCAGCCUGGAGGAGACCAUUAAACAACUGGAGGAAGUGGAGGAGGAGUUUUGCCGCCUGAGACUCCUCCUGUCUCAGCUUGGAGAGAACACUGUCCCCCAGCCUGGCUGUACCUGAGGCUCCUUGCCCCAGGCAGGCCUUUCUCAAGAAGCAGAGGACGUGAGGGCCACCCGCCACUGCACAGCUGCCGCAGCAUCUCCAACCCCAAGGGCCUGAGGAGAGAGAGGGAGCCGGGCUGCUGGGGCCAUGCCUGGGGGGCCCAGCUGGGAUCACUGCCCCCCCAGCCUCCCACUGGCCUCGGCCUUCUCUCCCUCCUGCUUGGGGGACUCAGGGCUUCAUUUCUGGGGGGUAUCACCAUUCCUGGGCCAUCUCAGUAUUGCCUGGGGGGGCCACCCCUCCACUCCCCACCCCCAAGUGCCUUUGCUCUGUUUUUAUACCCUGAAUUGGAGGUUUAUUUUUUAAUAUAUAUUAUCUAAGGAGA